AUGUUUGGACUAAAUUUGCCAGCAGUUUGCGACAACUUAAAGGCCCAGUUGAACCGAUCUGUUUGGAUUCUAGAAACUAAGGUGGCAAUAGCCAGGCCGAGACUUCUGUGUGCCGCCGAAAGCGUCGCAAGGGCCAUGCCUGACUAUUGCAUAAGGGUUCUGAUCGCGGGCUAUGACGAGAAGAACAGCUCCAGUGAUGAGCUGACAAGAAAACUGCGAGCAAAGUUUGAAAAUGUUCGGUUUCAGAAACUGGUACCAGAAGAUAUCCUGCGGAACACCCCAGUGGCAAACUACACAUACAGAUAUGGUCCACUCUUUGAAUGGGAUAACUAUGCCGUGCACUUGAGUGACUUCCUGCGCAUGGCCCUCCUGUACAAGUACGGGGGCAUCUACAUGGACACCGACAUCCUCGCCAGAGGCAGGAUCGACCCCGCCCCCUUUUAUGUAUCCAGGGCCGAUGGGGGAGCUAUAACAAAUUCAGUCAUUGGAUCGUCUAGACCUGGGCACCCUCUGUUAUGGGUAGCCAUGAAUAUAUCCCAGGAGCAAUACAUGUUCCGACAGUACGACACAGUGUUCGGAGUAUUCGGAGGCCUGAUAGAAAAGACAUGUCUCAAGGAGAGAAAAAGACUGGCUCUUGACACGCAUACUGUUCGACGUCACGUGCUGAACUGCAGCAGUUUCAAAGUGUACGGGUUUGAGACUGGGUCUCUGUGCUGCAAAAAAUACAGUCCCCUGAAUGGGGAGAACCAGACAGAGUCGGAGACACUGAUGCAGCAGUGGAGGGGGGAGAACUGCACCAUGUUCCACUACAUGCAAUCAUACCUCGGUGUCAAACAGGCACUCACACCACACAAGAACAGUCUACUCAAGAAAGUUAUGAAAGACACAUGCCCUAUGAGUCUAGAAAGCUCAGAAUUAUUUUGA